GUCAGCCAAGAUGACCCAGCAGAUGCGAGAGCCUCACCCCCCCACCAGGAAGGCGGCCAGCUUGUCCUCCCCCAGCGCAGCGCGCCGCCUCUACAGGAACCUGUCGGGGAAGUUCCGCGUGGGCUCAGCCGGCCCGGGGCUGGAGGACAGCGUGGUCUCCGGCCGCGGCGACAAGGAACGCCUACGCAAGUCCACCAUGUUCCAGAGUAACGAGGCCCUGUUCGAGGCGGUGGAGCACCAGGAGAUGGACCUGGUGCAGCUGUUGUUGUCUCAGUACAGCCUGGAGGAACUGGACCUGAACCCCAACAGUGAGGGCCUCUUGCCCCUGGACAUAGCCAUCAUGACCAACAACGUCCCUAUGGCCAAGCUGCUCCUGCGCGCUGGGGCCAAGGAGAGCCCUCACUUCGUGAGCCUGGAGGGCCGGGCGAUGCACCUGGCCACGCUGGUCCUGGAGGCGGAGCAGCGCGUGGAGGCCCUGAAGGCUCAGGUGCGGAGCGAGGGCCCCGGGGAGCGGGAGGACUCGGACCGGGAGAGGCAGCUGAAGGCCUGGGAGUGGAGACACCGGCUGUUCAGACGCAUGCAGACGGGCUUCCAGCACGCCGGUCCUCCGGAGGCUCCCAGUAGUGUCCGUCUGUCUGUCAGCAGCAGCACCAGCCUCAGGGUGGACUACCUGGAGCCCCUCAGUGUCAACUCAGCUGUGGUCACCAAGUACAAGGUGGUCUGGAGCAUCUCUCCAUCCUUCAGUCCUCUCCUGGGAGAGCUGCUGUUGGAGGACACCAGUGUGUUACAGUGCAACAUCACAGGCCUCACUCCGGGGACUUACUACUACGUCCAUGUGUCUGCAUACAACAUGAAGGGCUGGGGCCCCCCCCAAAUCUCCACCCCUUCCUGCGCCACCCCCUCCAGUUGGAGGGAGAUCGACGGACGUGCGCCGCGCCAGCGAGGCCAGAAGGAGGCGCUGGACCGGCUGCUGGGACAGAUCAAAGAAGAGCAUCACCACUGUUUGUGCCACGAGCAAUGCAAAGCACCGCCACAUGUCAGAAAACACUCCGUAUCCAAAAGCCUUCGCCAUCUCUUCCAACCCACCAGCAAGUUUGUCAAAAGCUUGAAAAGGGGCCUGUAUCUGACCACCAUCCUCUACAGAGAUGACAACAUCCUGGUGACCCCUGAGGACCAGAUCCCAGUGGUGGAGAUAGACGACUCCUACUCCAGCUCUCUCAUGCAGGACUUCCUGUGGUUUACUAAGGUGUCCUACCUGUGGGAGGAGAUCCCCUGGCUCCAGCAGUGCCUCAUCCCUUCCCAGUCCUCCUGCUCCUGCACCCUGCAGACACGCCUCAAGAUGCUGCAGGCCGUGUUGCACCUGCAGGGCAUGCUGGGAACCCAGGACCUGGGACAGGUGUAUUUUGAGCCAAUCAAAGACAAGCACGGCAACGCCCUGCUGGUGUUGAUACGAGACAUGAGCGUCUGUCCACCUCUGGAGGGGGUGCGUUGGACGCAGCUGUGCAAGCUCCAGCUCCAACGCAAGUCCAUAUCCUCCCCGGAAGAGCCCACUGCUCUGGACAUGCUGCUCAUCACCCUCCACGAGAAGCUGGCCUUCCACAGACGGAGCCGGAAGCUGCUGUCGCCAGGCCUGUACCUGGGCUACCUGAAGCUCUGCAGCUCCGUGGAUCAGAUCCGAGCCCUAGUCCCCCAGAAGCUGCCCAACGUUCUGUGUCACACCAAGAUACGAGACAACUGCAAUGUUUCCAGGGAGGAGUGGCAGUGGUUGCAGGCCCUGGCCUCGCUAGACGAGUCUCUGGAGAUGGACCAGGAUGUGCAGAGCGCUCCACACCGCCUCCUCCAGGACCUCCGCAGCGCUGCCAAGGACCUCAUGGCCCACAUGAACAUCCCCGUCAGCCAGGCGCAGGACUUCCGUGUUUACAGCCAGGAGGUGUUGGAGUUUGGGGAGAAGGUGUCCUUUCUCCUGCUUCUACCCCCCUCAGAUGACGUGUGCACGGCCCCGGGGCAGAACAACCCCUACAGCCCUCGCUCCGGCUUCCUCACCCUGCCCCUGCAGAUCUUUGAGCUGGUCCACUUUGACGCCUACAGCCCCAGCUUCAUGGGACAGUACUGCAGGGUGUCUGCCCUGCUGGAGCUGGAGUCGCUCAUGGCCCAGCAGACCCUGAGAGAAGCCUUCUCUGAGGCCGAACUCAACGCCGCCAAGCAGAAACACCAGAAGGUCCAGGAGCAGAUACAGCACAUGGAGGAGAUCUGGCGCGAGGCUCGCUGGAUCAUGGACGCCCUGCAGUACGCCCGCUACAAGCAGCCCACGGGAGGCAUCUCCCUGGCCUGGAUCAUAGAUUUCUCCAAGGACGUGGUGCCCGACAAGCCUCACUCCACCUCCUCACAGCCAGACUACCUGCCCUCCCCCAUGCCCUCGCCAGAGCCCUGCCGCAAACACUCAGACCACGGGCUCUCCGACGAAGAGGUCUCGUCCGAGGUCUUCCUCACCACUGACAGCGACUACGACUCCAGCCGUGCCCAGAGUCCCCGCGAGCUGGACCUUCUCCCCUCCUCGCCCAUCUCCUCCUCCUCCUCCGCCCCGCCCGAGACUCCCGGUUACCUGCGUAGCGACGGAGGAUGUGGGGGAGGAGCCCUGAGCGACACCACCCCCGACGUCCUCCAGGCCUCGGACCCCCAGCCGGGCCCGGGGGAGCGGGUCGGUGGGGGGGAGAGGUGCAGGAGCAGGGGGGGCGGAGCUCUGGAGCUCUUCGACAGUGACUUCAUCCUCCCGAGCCGGCAGAUCGAGCUGCUACGCAUCACGGAGAAGCGGCAGGCCUUCUGCGUCCGGACCAGCAGCCUGGAGUUCCCCUCCGCCCCCCACCCCGCCUCCUCCUCCUCCCAGCCUUCCUCCUACACCGUCUCCCCCUCGCCCCCCUCCUCCCCCCGACGCCGCUGGCCGCGCCCCUCCUCCGUGGACCGCUGCUGCCCCGCCGAGCGAUGCCAGCCUCCCCCUCCGCCCGCCCGCACCCUGUCGGAGGACAGCGGCACCCAGAGGCUGUCGUCGCCCUCGCCAGGCCCGCACAGGAGAGGCUGGCACGCCACGCUGAGAGUCUACCCCCAGUACCGCACGGGCCUUCCCAAGGAGACCAGCGUCAAGCUGCGGGUCACCCGGGACACGUCGGCGCGGGAAAUGGUGCAGCUGGUGGUGCAGGAGAUGAACGCCGUCUCCCGGCGUCUCCUGGGGGCCCAGGAGCAGGGCGUGUACAGCCAGGAGCAGCUGCAGCACUUCGGCCUGGUGCUGGUGGUGGAGGACAGGGAGAAAUGGCUACAGGACGACUUCUGCCCCUUGGAGCUCCAGAACCCCUGGCUGAGGGGCAAGCUGUGCGUCCGCAUCAAAGAGUACUCCCCGCUGGCACUCAAGCACAGCCGGGCGACCACCGUGUGAAGGCCGGGGGGGGGGGGGGGGGGGUUGGAGAGGUGUGGUCGAAGGUGGGACCUUGGGGAGUGCAGUAUAGACUACUGUGUUGACUUUGGUGAGACUUUUCAUGCAAGCUAAAAGGGGAGGGGCGGUUGGGGGCAGCUUGAAAUGAACAGGAGCUGGACCUUCUAUCUGUCUCCCCUCAACCUUAACCCCUGUUGCCGUGGUUCCCCUGGUCGUCGUUCUACUGUUCACCACUGUAGCUACAGAGCCUAGAUGGUUUUUAAGUUGUUCUGUUGUUUUUCAUAAAUGCUGCUUUGAGAUUCUUGUUUCCUACAAAGUCUCUUCACCGACAUGCGGAUUUCCUCCCAUAGUUCCCUGGGCUUUCUCUGCAACUAUACAUCGUCAUCUGGACACCAAAUGACCAACAGAAGAGUGGAAAAAGCCUUUUCACCUGUCAGACGGCCCACAGCGCGAGGGGACGUGACCGUGAGGAAGAUGGAUGUCACGCCGCCGCGCCGCCUCUGCCGGCUGCCAGCACAUUGAGCAGGGGCGUACGCCUGCCAGAAUGACACGGGCACGCAGACAUGGCUUUUCCUACGAGCGCGUCCAGCGAGCCGUUCCAAAAGCUGUUGGCUCGGGAGCCGGACAUGCCGACGUUCCCGGGACGCGGGCCCUGGAGCGCUCCCACCAGGCGGGAAACAGGAAGGAGGGCUGGCGUCGACGCUGGGAAGACACUGAAGCUGCUCGACGAUUCGACCUUUCUGCCCCCCGCUCACCCUGCGCUGGCUGGCUGCUCUAUUCUCCCUGGUAACUCAGGGGCCAGGAACAAAUAGACAGAGAGAGAGACUGAGAGAGAGAGACUGAGACAGAGAGACUGAGAGCGAGAAAGAGAGAGAGAGAGAAAGAGAGAGAGUUUUCGUGGGAUCCUGGCACUUACAUUCCUCUGUUUCCCAUCUGUCCUGAGAGGAACGAAUACUUAGUUUAUUGGAGUUUCUGGCCACUGCAGACGUCAUCCUCAUCCAGAGCAGAAACCAGAAACAACAUCCGCGCUCUGGAUCCAAACGAAACCCAGACAGACCGAACGGAACCAGGAAAGAAGAGCAAUACUUCACCUCCGAGUGGUUUUCCUUCCUUCGCUUGAGUUUACUGAGUGACUGGAAACGCUCGUGUUGUAGAUAUGCCAGGUUUUGGAAGGGGAGUCCAAAGUACUUUAGUGUUGCUGUGCUUACUGUUAGACUAAAACCAGUGCGGUGUUUCUUUUGUGUUUCUAAAGCCAGUUGUAUCCCAGGCACAGCUGCUGCAGGUGUUGUUAUCUUCCAGUGUAGGGGCUCCCUGUCUGUGCAGUGCUGUACUAAGUAGGAUGGAUACACAAUGGCUCCAGAUUUCUGUUGACCCCAAUUAUGUUAGUAGCUUAUCAAAACUGUAGCAUGUGGGAGGUCAGUAAAAUGCCAAAUCACUCCCCAGUUCUAUUUUAUUUCUGGUCUCUAUAACUUUAUUUGACAUCUUAAUCAGGAAGGCCUGCAACUGACACUUUUCCUGAAAAACAGCAAUGCACUGUCCCCACCCCUGAUGUAAUGUUGUACCCUGAACAUGUUUUACAUAAUAUCUUGGUUUCAUAUAGGCUUGUCCUGAUGACACCUUCCAAAUGAGUUUAGUAAGACAUUUCUGACUUGUAGUCACCAUUCUAGGCCUAAUAAAGUUUAGAAUCAUGCUCUAGAACCUUCUCUUGGUCACGUGGGCUUCUCCCUGCCUGACAUGGGGUGUUUACAGAUUUGAUCCCGCCCCCUCCCAUGAAACCUGGUGCUGAAUUGUGUAAAAGACCAAGAAGAGCAACUCAUGAUACGUUGUAAUUGAAACGUCUUGAUUCUGCCAUUUGAACUCUUUGAACUCUUGUGUUAUCGCCUAGUCGUGUUCUUUAUCCACACUUCUUUAAAGACUGAAUUUACAAGGGCAAACUGCAAAAACAUCAACCACUACAACCAAACCCGUGUGUGUGUGUGUAUAUUAAAGGUUGAAUGUAAGUACUGUAAACGUCAUGAGGUCUGGGUUCGUCUCCCGGUCUGGACGUCAACGGUUGUUAGUCUGUGUCAGAGGGGUGAAUAGUAACUCCCUCCCCAGGCGGAAAAGGAAACAGGAAGUCCUCAUCCUCACCAGGACUCCCUGGCACAUCUUCUGGGGGCAGCCAUGAAGGAGACAUCACGUCAUUUUUUUUGUAAUCUAUUUUUAUUGAACAAUAAAUGAAUAUUAUAAAAUAAAACCCAGCUUUGUUUUUCUGAGGGAUUUAUCUUUUUUUGUUGCACAAUAGUAGGAAGUCACAGAGUUCAGGCUUUUACUGGAUGUCAACUCUUGUAACACUUCCUGUUUCAGAGGCUUUUCAGAAUGUAACCAGCCCGUUAGGUCAGCAGAGCCCAUUCAACAGCAACCUUUUAGCACAGUUUGCCAGAAUAACAUUCUGCGAUUAAGAUCACAUCAAAUUAAAUGGCUCCGCGUGAAGCAGGAAGAUGAGUGAUAGGCAGAGCUGACUGUGCCUAUACGAGCG